AUGAAAAGCAUCGCUCUCAUCAUUGGCGGUACAGGCGGGUUUGGCCAGGCCUGUGCGCACAUGCUCGCAGCUAAAGAUUAUCAUGUCGUCGUCGCCGGCCGUAGCGAGGCUCGAGGCAACGAGUGUGUGCAAGCAAUCGCGGCGAAAGGCGGCGAAGCCGAGUUCAUCACGUGCGACGUGACAAAACGAGACGAUAUCCGGGCUCUGCACGCUAAAAUUGCCUCUAAGCAUGGUCGUCUGGACGUAGCUAUCAACUCAGCGGGUAUCCUCGGCGAACUCGCCAAGACCGCAGACGUUGCUGAAGCAGACAUGGACCAGAUGUUCAGCAUCAACAUCGUCGCCUUCUAUAUGAGCAUGCAGGAACAGAUCAGAAUCAUGCUCAAGAAUCCCGGCGGACCAUCUGGUCAUGUUAUCAACUUCACCUCCAUCUAUGGGUUACGCGGAAUUGCCUACGGAUCCCCAUACUCCACUUCCAAACAUGCUGUUGUUGGAAUGACGAAGUCAGCUGCAGCUGAGUAUGCCAAGGAGGGUAUUUUCAUCAAUGCUAUUGCCCCAGGUGUCAUCCCGACGGCGAUGAUUGCGGGUGUUCAGUCGCAACUGACUAGGCCGGAGGCCGAUCCUUACCUGGCCAAUCUCGACUUGAUAGCUGCGUAUCCGGUGGGCAGGUUCGGGACGGUGGACGAUAUAGCGAAGGCGGUGGCGUAUGUGAUCGACAAUAAUUGGUUGGUGGGCAGUGUGCUGGAACUUGACGGUGGACUCGGUGCAGUCUGA